AUGAGGGAAGGGGCCGUACCGGACUGCGACAGCUUUGGGCCUUUUCACGAGGAUGGGUGGGUUCGCCCUGUUCCCGGACGCGCGCGGAGGCCGAGUGGCAGACGGCUGUCCCAAGCGGCGGGUGCGCUUCCCCGCGCGCCGUGUGUUCGUUUUGCAGAGCCAGCCUUCGGGGAGGUGAACCAGUUGGGAGGAGUGUUCGUGAACGGGAGGCCGCUGCCCAACGCCAUCCGGCUUCGCAUAGUGGAACUGGCCCAACUGGGCAUCCGGCCGUGUGACAUCAGCCGCCAGCUACGGGUCUCGCACGGCUGCGUCAGCAAGAUCUUGGCGCGCUACAACGAGACUGGCUCGAUCUUGCCGGGGGCUAUCGGGGGUAGCAAGCCCCGGGUCACAACCCCCACCGUGGUGAAACACAUCCGGACCUACAAGCAGAGAGAUCCCGGCAUCUUCGCCUGGGAGAUCCGGGACCGCCUGCUUGCGGACGGCGUGUGCGACAAGUACAACGUGCCUUCGGUGAGCUCCAUCAGCCGCAUCCUGCGCAACAAGAUCGGCAACCUGGCUCAGCAGAGCCACUACGACUCGUACAAGCAGCACCAACCAGCGCCGCAGCCCGCGCUGCCCUACAACCACAUCUACUCUUACCCCAGCCCGAUCACAGCGGCGGCCGCUAAAGUCCCCACGCCUCCCGGGGUGCCCGCCAUCCCGGGCUCGGUGGCCAUGCCUCGCACCUGGCCCUCUUCGCACUCUGUCACCGACAUCCUGGGCAUCCGCUCCAUCGCCGACCAAGGAGUGAGCGACAGCUCCCCCUACCACAGCCCCAAGGUGGAGGAGUGGAGCAGCCUAGGCCGCAACAAUUUCCCUCCCGCCGCCCCGCACGCGGUGAACGGGCUGGAGAAGGGAGCGUUGGAGCAGGAAGCCAAGUACGGUCAGGCACCAAAUGGUCUCCCAGCUGUGAGCAGUUUUGUGUCAGCAUCCAGCAUGGCUCCUUACCCUACCCCGGCCCAAGUGUCGCCUUAUAUGACCUACAGCGCUGCUCCUUCUGGUUACGUUGCUGGACCGGGGUGGCAACAUGCCGGCGGCACCCCACUUUCCCCCCACAACUGUGACAUUCCCGCGUCGCUGGCGUUCAAGGGAAUGCAGGCAGCCAGAGAAGGUAGUCACUCUGUCACGGCCUCCGCGCUCUGAUGGGAAAUUCCACCUCCGGCAGCUUUACCCGGGUCUCCCCCUUUCAGCACUUCCCCUCUCCCCAGGUCUCAGACCCCACCCCUCCUGCCCCGAGAGCUGACUUUACAGACUCACCUCCUUUGUGCUGAUGACACUUAAAUAUUUCUUGCCACAGCUCCUCUCUCACAGGAAACCUGACAUGACUUUAGGAUUUAAAAACAAGAGCAACGCUAACAAUUGAAUGAGACAUUUGGGUUACCCACACACUGUUUUAACGUAGUGAAGAAACCUGCACCCCUCAAAGGGCUUAAGGAACUUUUAAAACUAGUCUUUGGUAAAACCACACAUGUAUAUUUAUUCUAAAUCAACCUGAACUUUUGAAACGUGCAAUUGUUGAGAUUUUGCAAACUCAAUAAAGGGAAAUAUGUAUAGAGAAAAGGCAUGCUACACCCUCUAAUCAAACAAGGUAACCAACUAAGCCUUAAUUUGUCAUUAGGAAACCAAUCAAUAAUUGACUUGUUCCAGUGAUCCAUUGUUUAUUUUUAAGAGAUGACCUAUUUUGUUGAAAAAUAUAUACAGAAUCUAAUCAAUGUCUGAAUUUAGCUCUUCCUGGUGUUUUGACUUGGUUCCAAAUACAAUAAUGUUUAUAUUUUCUGUUAGUUUGUAAAUAUGGACUCUGGAUGACAUUUGUGUUUUCAUUUUACAGAACAUCCUUUUCCCCCCACCUCCCUGAGAUAUAGUUUUCAUCUUUUUUGCAAAGGUGACUUUCUGGCGACGUCUUUUUCUCUGUUUGGUGGUGGGUUGCUCGGGCUCCUAGACCUGGGUUUGCCCCUUAAUUUUGUGUGUGCAGUGAAGGCUUCAAACAUCUCAUGAAGGACAUUUUCUUUCUACAGCAGAGGACUCAAAAAAACAAAAAAACAAAAAACAGA